AUGAACUUUAAUAAAUUUAAUGAUAAAAAGAGACAUCUAUCGAUGUAUGCUGAUACAAAUAAUUAUCAACAUUCUAAAAAACCAUCCUCGCCAAUCCCAAAUCAAUUUUUCUAUCCUACUAUACCUCAAUACCCAUUUACACCAUAUAAUCAAAAUAUAAAUUAUCAAAAUAUAAUGCAAAAUUGUGAUUAUAAUUAUAAUAAUAAAAGAACAAUUAAAAAAAAAAAAAAUUUUCAUUAUUUUAAUAAAUAUCAAAAUAAUGAACAAGUUAAUUCAAGAGAAUCAAUUAAUGAUCCUUGGUCUCAUUUAUACGCUAAUUAUCCAAAUAUCCAAUUCAUAUAA